GCUCUGACCUGUAUUGAAUAAAGCAUCCAUCAGCUCAGACUCUGCUGCUGUAUCCACAGCACAAAGCAGCUGCAGCCCAGAUCUUCUGCUCCACAGACCCGCUGAGCUGAGCUGCUCUCAGCCCGCACAGCGUGAGAGGAACACGGAGGGGCUGAACGCUGAAGAGAUGCGGACGGAUGCAGCUCGAAUGCUGUGAAGUUGUUGAUUUUUUCGGGAUUAUGGGAACAGCGGGUUGUGCUGUAGCAGAGCACCGGAGCUCGUAGCAGGCUGGUCGGAUUGGGAGCCCGUGUGCGGACAACUCUUCAUCCAGACACCGCGGCUGCAGCUCUCCCGAAACAAAGACAGUAGAUUGAGGGUUUAAUGGAGAUCAGGUCGAAUGACAGCGGGAACUGUCGUCAUAACUGGAGGAAUACUUGCAACGGUGAUACUGCUGUGUAUCAUUGUAGUGCUCUGCUACUGCCGACUCCAGUAUUACUGCUGUAAGAAGAAUGGGUCUGAUCCCGACUCCACCUCCUGUUCUCAGGCUCAGUUGGCCUGCGACUCCUGCAGCCCGCCCAGGCUGGACGGGUCCGGCGUUACACCCCUGUCCCUUUCGGCCCGCAGCUUCUGCCCCACUUGCUCGCCCUACGGCUCAUCCUACUACAUCCGCGCCACAGACGAGACGCGCAACGGAGCCGAGCGCAUCGGCUACAUGCCCGGUCAGCACGACAGCCCAUCUCUGUCCCUCACACUGCCCUCCACACACAGCACCUCGCUGAGCUCCCACACCCUGCCGGACUUCUACUCCAACACUCGUGCCAUCAGCACAGACGUCUGA